CAUGGCGUGCGUUUUGAAGUGUGCGUUUUGUGCACAGUAAAACAUAAAUAAUGAGUUACAUAUUGCUAUAUUUACACAAAUACGAUAAAAAUUGGUGUGGUUAUUGUAAAGUAUCAUGAUUAUAGUGAGUUAAUUGCAUUUAGACGCAACUGUGCGUUAAAAUGGACAAGAAAAAUGCUAUACGCCGAGCCAAAAGGCCUUCGAAAGUGCUCGAGGAAAACUAUUGGGAUUGCAGCGUUUGUACUUACAGGAAUAACGCUGAAGCGUUCAAAUGCUCAAUGUGUGAUGUCAGGAAAGGUACGUCAACACGCAAACCUCGCAUCAACCCAGCGCUGGUGGCGGCGCAGGCGGCCGGCACCGCGCCCACCAGCUCACAGAAACGACCACGGUCUGCGAAUUCGCUCAAGAAGAAACGAAGGCAUCCACCAAGACUCAGCAAUGUUGAUAGGAGCUCCGCACAGACCAGAGAGGUAACAGUUAGCGGCGUGACGGUAGUGAUAACCGAAUACAAACCCAAGAAGUCAGUGUCCAGUUCGUCGAGCGACAUGGAGUCUUCCAACGACGCGCGCCCUUGAUCUCCAGCCCCCAAUCUGAAUCCGAGGGUUCUGCUAGAAGCUAUAGCCGAAAUCAACAAUAACCAGGUGAACAAUAACCAAUAAAUUAUCAGUUUUCCCCCAAGGUUGAUUAGUAGAGAAUGCCCGGCCUUUGUACAGUCACACCCCACACCUUACUGCCAACGCAGAACAUGGCACAUAUUGUAUUAAGUUUCCUAAGUAUACAUAUAUAUAAUACGUCGGUGUCAGGUUUUUGUGACAUCUACUGUACUAUAUACCAUAUACUGUGA